CAACACAAUUUCAGUCGGUAUGGAUUUUUUCGCGCCGGCGCGAAACGUGUGCAAGAUUUCUAUGAACCCAAUUUCCUGAAAUUGAUUUACAAUAUUUUUUACAUUUUGUAACAAAUAUGAUUAUACAUGUAAUUAUCUUACAUAAAUAUUAUGUUUGUCGGAGAGAAUAAAUGUGUGAUGAUGAUAAUUACGUAAAGUUCGUCUAUGAUAGGAAAUAUAAAUGUUUUAAGUGUAUAGUGUCGUCCAAUUUACGUUUGUAAAAUGGGCUCUAUCGUGCUAAAAAGUUUAUCUAUCCUUUUGGGGGUGUUCUUCAUAUUCGUCGGUAUAACAAAGUUGACUCCAUUUAUAUCAAAGGAAUUACACAAAGACUUAAGAAAAGAAUAUGUAAGAUAUGCCAAAGUGUUUCCUCUAACGGAGACGCUGGACUUCAAGUUGCCGUCAAAAUGGUACCGGAGGACAGUGGGCGCUCUCGAGAUAAUUUUUGGAUUAAUUCUAGCAAUCAUUCCCAGCCACAAACUAAAGAAUGCUGCGAACAUAGGACUGGUGACGCUGAUGAUCCUGGCUGCUUACUCGCAUAUCAUGGUGGGGGAUCCAUUCGACAGAUGCGCACCAGCUCUGGUAUUCUUCUUCAUGCUAAGCGGAAGAUUGGUCGUUUGGUACCAGACCAGCCGCCGUGAAGAGCUGGAGAGAGCAGCUGCAACUCAGAACGGGAAUGGGCUCAAAAGGGAAUAAUUUUAAUAAUAUUAUGUUACUAUCGUUCUGUAGCUGAUAUUUAUUUAAUUUUUCGUAGGAAAAUAUUUUGAAUCGCACUUAUUUACAAUGUUGAUUUAUUUACUUUCAUGUAAAUAUACAAUAUUGUCGCUGAUGUCAUGACAAAAUAUUUACACCUAACACAAUGGCUAAAGACAUGUUUCAUACAUGAAAAGUUAUUUUUAUUUAGUACUAAUCAGCUGUAUGUUGCAGCCAACAUGAAAUUAAACAGGGUUUUGAACUUUAUUUAGUUAAAUUCUUUUGAAUUAUUUUAAAUUUAUCCAUCACCUUACUGUGAUUAUCCUAGUCAAAUCAUGUUAACUUCUUUCUAGUCAGUAUGCGUAGUUCAAACUUGAUUAUAAUGUCGAGCAUCUGGUAAGCUAUAAUUAGAAUACCACAAAAAUACCAUUUAGACACCAACUAGGCGUAGCCCGACCGGAGCGCGCGAAUAAAUAUUUUGUACCCAAAGUGAUAUUAAUUUAAGCGACUUGUGCUAGGUUCAUUUUGUAUAACUAUGUAGACGUGGUGUCUAACGUAAAUAAUUUGUAUUGUAGGUUUAUAAGUAACUGCCACUGCUUAAAAUAAAUAUGUGUACUAGUAAUUUAUCUAUAUUAAUACUUAUCACGACAUUGGUCACUGAAUAUAAAUAUUGUUUGCUCAAUAAUAAAAAUAUAAAAUUUAUCAUGACAAUGCUUUUUAAUAUUUUAAUUUAUAGAUUGAACAGAUACUAGCGAAUAAGCUUCUAUUUAUAAUAAAGUAGGUAGACCAUCAAUGGCUUCCCCAAAUUAUUAGAUUGCGAUAACAAAGUGGUCAACAUUAUCCAAAUCAUAAUUAAAAUACCGUUUGCUACUUUUAUUAAAAUUAACUUUUGAUGCAAGUAUUUCAUAAACGUCAUGUAACAACUUCCGAAUGAGGCUAUUAAUUCCGCAAAACACAGAUGCGUGAAACUGUGUUUGCCUUUGUGUAAUUUUUAUCUCAUUGUUUAUGUGGUGUGUGAAUUAAUGUGUUUGCCGAAUGUUGUGUGAUGGUCAUUGAAUAAAAUAUGAGAGGUACAUUUUA